AUAGAAAAUAUUUUUGAAGCUAAAAACUGCCUUGAUUUUUUCAUUCCCAAUUUCAUAUUUAGAAUUGUCAGCCAAAGCGUGUGAUCUUAAUUAACAUGUCUACGGCGGCGGCGGGCGGCGGCGAUGACAAAAAGAGGAAGCAAGAUCAUGUGAUUGAUCGCGACGACGAUCCGAAGCCGAAAACAAGAAAAGCAUAUCUCCUAGAGAUUGCGAAGAAGCACAGCAAUGUCCAAAAAGCUCUAGAAGAAAUAGCAGAAGUUGAAAGAGAUGUAGCAGCUGCAAGAGAUAAAUUAGCUGCUUUACUCCACAAAUUUGAUACGGAGGAACUUGAUACGGAUGAAGAGGAAGGAAUCGACGAAGACAACCAGGCUACUGAAGAAGAUGCUGAUGAAGAUAAUGGUGGAAAAAAGUGAUUGAUUCUUACUAUCUCAACUUUGCUAUGAAUGAUUCCUAGGUUGUUUCAAGCUUUAUCAUCAUUUUCUAGUUGCAAUACUUCUAUUACUUUGAUGCAGUUUGCUAAUAUUAAUCAUUUUUCUUAAUUUCA